GGGCCGCGGGGAGGCGGCGGCGGCCUCUUCCUUUCUCCUCCCGGGGAGGCCUAGGCCCGUCCGCCGCUCGGCCGAUGCGCCCGGAGCGGCCGCCAUGGGACAAGAUCCUGGAGGGGCUGGUGAGCUCCUCGCACCCGCUGCCGCUGAAGCGGGUGAUCGUGCGGCGGGUGGUGGAGUCGGCCGAGACCCGCCCGCUGAGCAGGCGCAGUGCCCGCGCCAUGUUCGCCCUCAGCACCCGGCUGGUGCUGCAGGGCCCCGACCCCUUCCAGCGGCAGGUGGGCCGGCAGGUGCUGGAGGCUUACGGCCGCUACCACCGCGCCGAGUUCGAGGCUUUCUUCAACCGCGUGGUCCUCGGCCUCCUGCAGCGCGGCUACGGCGAGCUGAGCAACCGCGACCCCGCCAUCCUCGACUACAUCCAGGCGGGGUUGCGCCUCAUCAUGAGCUGCCCCUCGGUGCUGGAGCUCUUCGAGCUGCUGCAGGUGGGAGCCCUACGGAUGGUGUGCGAGCGGCCGGCCCCGCCGCUCUGCGCCCGCCUCUGCCAGCUGCUGGGUGACUUCCCACAGUGCCUGCCCCGCGGCAGGAAGCUUUCCCUCGCCUUCUGCCAGCAGCUGGUGCGCAGCAUCGCCCACUUCCAGAGCCAGGGAACCCGGGAGGCCGAGCUGCGGCUCUACGUCUCGCAGGUGACGCAGGUCAGCGGGCUGCUGAGGAGCGUCUGGAAGGCAGAGCCCGAAACGCUGCUGCCCUCCCUCCAGGAGCUUUUCGCCAUACUUCAUGUUGAACCUUCUGUUGCUUUGGCAAGUCUUGUGCAGCACAUACCAUUGCAGAUGAUUACAGUACUCAUCAGGAGCCUCACUACAGAUCCAAAUGUGAAAGAUGCAAGUAUGACUCAAGCUCUGUGCAGAAUGAUUGACUGGUUGUCCUGGCCUCUGGCUCAGCAUGUGGAAACGUGGGUGAUUGCACUGCUGAAAGGGCUGGCUGCAGUGCAAUUUACCAUCCUCAUUGAUGUGACUCUGCUGAAGAUUGAAUUGGUGUUUAAUCGACUUUGGUUUCCUCUAGUGCCUGGUGCCCUUGCUGUCCUUUCCCACAUGCUACUUAGUUUUCAGCAUUCUCCAGAAGCUUUUCAUUUGAUUGUCCCACAUGUGGUUGCUUUGGUUCAUCUUUCAAAAGAUGGCUUAUCUUCCAAAGCCUUUUUGAUGCAGUUGUCUGAGUUGACCUGUAUGAUAUAUCAUUACUCAGGAUUUCCAGAGCUUGAACCCAUCCUGGAAGCUUUAAGGAUAUGCCAAACCACUGAAGAGAAGAUGAAGUUGAUUCUCAGUCAAGUGGCGGAUUCUCAAUCCAGUUUUUUGCCAUCUUGUUCAUCUAGACUUUCUGGAAAAUCUGAAACUGGGAAGACAGGUCUAAUUAAUCUAGGAAAUACCUGCUACAUGAACAGUGUAUUUCAGGCCCUUUUUAUGGCUACAGAUUUUAGGAGACAUGUUUUAUCACUGAAUCUAAAUGGUGUAAUUCACUAUGAGGAAAUUACAGCACUCUUUGCAUUUUUGGCCCAUACACAGAGGGAGGCAUAUGCUAGAAUUUUCUUUGAGGCUUCCAGACCACCAUGGUUUCACCCUCAUCCCGCAGGAUUGCUCAGAUAUCUCAGAUUCCUGCUAGACAGGCUGCAUGAAGAGGGAACCUUGAAAGCAUUGUCUUCAGUGAAAAAUUCUGAAAGCACAAUGAAUGGAUCCCAGACACAAGAAACUGUCCAUAAAGCACAAGUAUUUGCUGCAUCUUGUUUGAGAAAUGAAGAAAGAACUCUGAUAGAGAAGAUGUUUGGAGAACUGAAGACUACUAUAUGCUGUUUGAACUGCAGGAGUAUGUCUCAGAAGAAGCUUUCACAGAUUCUCUCUGGCUUUCUGUCCUCCAAUUCCUUGGAGAGUGUUGGCCCAAGAUAUAUGGAAAAUUCUGAAGUGAAAGAUGACUACAUGGUGCAAGCUAAUACUUCAGUAUCUAGUCCUGCUGAAGAAACACCUUUCAAUAGUUUGGGUAAUAGUGGAUGUGACACAGUAAUCGAUGAAGGAACCGUAAAAGAUUUUACUGCUGAGCCAAACUCUGAGAAAACCCAAAUUCUGAACCAACAAAUUCAAGAUAGUGGGGAUCUGUCUCAGAGGCUCGUAGGUAAAAUGCCUCUGUCAGUUACAGACUUGCUAAAUUAUUUUCUGGCACCUGAGAUCCUCAGUGGAGACAAUAAGUAUUAUUGUGAAAAGUGUGCUCUCUACAGAAUGCUGAGAAAACUAUGCAUCAUUGAGGAACCUGUAAUCAUUCUCACUCUUCUGAGAUUUUCAUAUGAUCCAAAGUGCCACAUAAGGCGCAAAAUCUUGGACAAUGUGUCUCUGCCUCUUGUUUUGAAACUGCCAGUGAAAGACAGCAUGCCCUCUAGCUAUAGUUUCAGGGAUUGCUCUGUUGGUGUUGAGAUUUCUGAUAUUGGAGAAAUCUUGCUAAAAAACUGAAGCCCUCAGGUGCUGAUGAAGUUGAGCUGCCCACAGCUGGUGCCCUACCUGUUAAGCUCUGUGGUGGUGCAUUCUGGUGUGUCUUCUGGUGGACAUUAUUAUUCAUAUGCUAGAAUGUUACAGGGUCGGCCUUCAGGACUCUGCCACCAAUCUACAACUCUUUCUUUAGUUGCUCUCAAGAUAGUUGUUGGCAGAGGAGAAUCCUUGUACGUUGUAGAAAAUGAGCUGGACACUGAGAUGCCAAGGGAAUGGUUUCUGUUCAAUGACAGCAGAGUGACAUUUACCUCAUUUCAGUGUCAGAAAAUUACCAGUAGAUUUCCAGACACUGCUUAUGUUCUGUUUUAAAAACAAAAUAGUACCUAUGGCUUCAACACCAGUUCAGCAAAUGCUUGGGUAAAUGGAGACCCUCCUCUACAGAAAGCUAUGGAUGCAAUUACAAAAGAUAACAAACUAUACUUGCAGGAGCAAGAGCUUAGUGCUCGAACACAAGCACUUCAAGCUGCCUCAGCAUCCUGCUCCUUCCGACCCAAUGGAUUUGAUGACAAUGAUCCCCCAGGAAGUUGUGGACCCACAGGUGGAGGAGGAGGGGGGGGGUUCAGUACAGUUGGUAGAUUGGUCUUUUGACCAAGAAGACAACCUGGAAGAUGCUGGUUCCAAAGCAGCCCAGUGCUGCUGAGGACAAUGAAAACACUGAACUUUGUCAGAUAUUGUACCAAGUUUUGAGAUGAUCUUGAUGAUCUUUGUUCAGAAAGCAAAUGUUGGGGGCUUUUUGGUUAUGUUUUAUUUCAAAUAAAUAAGUGCAUAAUGGAAAAAAAAAACUACCUCUUAAAAAUUCAGUUGCUUUUAUAGUAAGAUAUGGUUGCCCAAAAAGACAGAAAAUAGAGAUUUUUAAGUAGUUGCUAAUGACACUGCAUUAGGAUGAACAAACACACCUACAUCUGUUUGUUUUCCUCAUCCACUGAAUGAAGAAACUUCAUUUUUAACUCUGAUGGUAUUGCUUUAUGUGGAAAUCCUUUCAGAUGGGCUAAACUGCAUACCUAGUCUCUCAUCCCCACCUUAUUUUCAAAUCCAGUACCUUUAUGGAUUUACAGAGAUAAUGCAAUUUAUAAUGAAGGCAAUAACUUAAAUAUGACAUGGUACAGGACUUUCCAGAUGAAUAAUUAUUCAAUAUAUUUCCGAUGUAAAUGUAAAGAAGAAAAAAAAUAAUUUAUAAAUAUUUGCUAAGUUGUUUUCCAACUGAAUGCAUGUUCUGCAGGAACAAUGUUUUUAAAUAGAAAUUGUUAACUUUGUAGCAUUUCUAAUUGUUUUGAAGUUUUUAAAAUCAUUUCAGGGACUAUAUCUCCUGUGUAAUGGAAAGGAAGAGAUUCUGUAUGUGCCUUGCAGUACUGUAACUUAAACUUUCUGAGGCUGCAGAAAAGGGGAAGAAAUGUGCUAGUAAAUUUUUGGGGCUCAGUAUUAGAAAUCAGUAUGUUUAUAGAAAGCUACUAGGUUUCCAGAAGUAAAAAUCUGGUAUUUUGAAA